AUGGACUGGGAUGGCUGGGCGCAUUUGGAGUUGGUGCGACAAGUGGCACGUGCAGAUGUGGACUUGAGCCGCCGCAGCAAAGGUCGAUUGGAGCAGAGGAUUCCGCCGGAGCUUUCCAUCCCUGUGCUAGCAGCUGUGGCCUUGUAUGCUCGUGAGGCCAAGGCUCCAAAGGAGGAGGAGCUUCCGGCGGCGGUUGUGCCAGUGGCAUGUAAGGAGAUGGCUGUCCAGGCAGAUGCCGAAGAAGUUUCUCCAGAGAUGCCGGCUCCCAGGAGCUCAGAAGGCAGCCUGGAUGUCGAGAAAGGCGUCGAUCAGGACGAGGAUGAGGACGGUUCUCCGAUGCCGGUGGCCGAGCACCGCUUCCUGGCCGUAGAGCCCAGCGAGCUCCCCACACCCGAGGCCUUGAAGAUGGCAGAACUCAGAGAACUCUUCGAAGAGGCCUCGAACUUGUAUGAGUGGACGCCAGCGAAGGAAGAGGAAGCUGUGAAGAGCCAGCUGCUGUCAGAUGUGCAGCGGCUGCUCGAGACGUUGGAGGACGCGGUCUUACAGACCGUCGUGGCGGAUGCGGCGACCAACUUGGCCCGCCUCAAUGAGCAGAAGCAGCGUGCAGACGCCUCGGAGCAUUUGAGAGGCGACCUUGGGGACAGUGACAUUACGGUGAAAGACUUCAUCGAGAAAUGCCAUCAAUUCGAAGAUGAGCUUUGCAAGAAGUAUGGGGGCCUGUCGGAGAGCGUCCCUGAGUUGGACCCGAGCUUCCACGGCUUUAGCGAAGCGGACUUGGGCAAGGCCUUUCAGGUGAGCUUGGCGGGGCUCAACGGAGAACACACGCUGCAAGAGGUGGUGGACACCCUGAAACGGACGUACUCAGGCUCCGUUGGCAUCGAGUAUAUGCACAUCGGUGACUUGCAGAAGAUCGAAUGGGUGAGACAAAGAGUGGAGGAUCCCAAUUUCAUCCCAUCGGAUAAGAACAAACUCCUGAAGGUCUACCAGGAGCUCUUGAAGGUUGACACCUUCGAGCAGUUCUUGAACGUGCAGUACAAGACCACCAAGCGCUUUGGCGUGGAUGGCGGCGAAGCCGCCGUCGCAGGCGUGAAUGCCGCCAUUGAGAAGGCCGCGGCGCUGGGCAUGACGGAGUGCGUCCUCGGAAUGCCCCAUCGAGGGCGAUUGAACGUGCUCACAAAUGUGGUUCGGAAGCCUUUGGUGCAGAUGUUCGCUGAGUUCAAGGGGACGCACUACGAUUUCGAAAGCUUGGUGGAAAAGAGCGAAGGUGACGACUGGCUCUUCGCUGGGGAUGUGAAGUACCACUUGGGAACCUCCCAGACCUUCAGCUUGCCGGGUGGAAACACCAUCACGGCCACACUGGAAGCGAACCCCUCCCAUUUGGAGACUGUGAACACGGUCACCUUGGGCCGAGCCAGAGCGAAACAGUACUAUUUGGGCAACGAUGCUGAGUCCCGCACGCGGGUUCUACCUAUUCUCUUCCAUGGCGAUGCUUCCUUUGCUGGUCAGGGAGUUGUUUAUGAGACCAUGCAACUGGCUCACGUGAAGGAGUUCGAUGUCGGUGGGACCAUCCACGUGAUUAUCAAUAAUCAGGUGGGCUUUACGACGGAUCCUGUGGACGAUCGAUCCACCAUGUACACCUCUGAUGUUGGCAAGACCUUCAACCUUCCAAUCUUGCACGUGAAUGGCGAUGACCCCGUGGCCGUGAUCAGUGCCUUUGAGUUGGCCGCGGAGUGGCGUCAACAUUGGCAGACCGAUGUGCCUCGGGUCUUGAUUUGCUACCGCCGUUUCGGGCACAACGAGACCGACGCGCCGGAGUACACGCAACCGGUGUUGUACAAGCAGAUUAACAAGCAUCCACGAACAGAGGCGGUGUACGCCAAGAGCUUGGUGGAGCAUAGCAUCGCCUCACAAAAGGAGCUGGAUUCCAUGAAAUCCGACCUUUGGAAAGAACACGAGACAGCCUUCAAGGCAGCAGACAGCUACCAACCCAGUGCUGAAGCCGAAUGGGUGGCCACCAAGUGGCAGGGCUUCGUCCGCCCCACGGACGUGUCGAAUAGCCACCCUACUGGCGUGGACAUCGAGCUCCUGCGGAAGAUCGGGGAGCGCCUGUGCUACACCCCACAGGGAUUUAAGGCACAUCCUGGGUUGAAAAGGCAGCUGAAGAAGAAACUGGAGGAUCUGGAGCACGGGGAAACCAUCGACUGGGCCACUGCGGAAGCGUUGGCCUUUGGAACGCUGCUCCUUGAGGGGAACCAUGUGCUCGACCAUCCACCCCCCUGGGCCUAUCGAAACGGAGCCACCGGGGCGCCCUUCCGCGCCAUGGCGCCUUCCGCGGAAAAUGGCGAAGGUCUCCUCCCUCCUGAAGCUCUCGGCCGCCAAACCGGAGCCACAGCUGCUGCGCGCGGAGCUCGCCAACACCUUGGCGUUGGAGCUCAGGCGCUGGCGCUCGAAGCCCAAAGAUGCCACGAAGCUGCUGAACGCCUUGGCAGAGAAGGGUCAUGCAGCGACCCUGGUGGAGUUGCUGCAGGUCAUGACAGAGAGCCAGGUCCCUUGGACACCCAUCGGCCUAGUCGUCGACCCAUCGAUCUUCGUCGUGCGCUGGCGAUGCAGUGGGGGGUGCCUGUGAACGCCUUCCACCUGAAUGUCGCAAUCAAGGCUUGUCGAAGACACAAAGACUGGCAAAGGGCCUUGCAACUGCUGAGGGCUGCGCCGAAGAUGAAAGUGGUCCCAGAUCGCAUCUCUUACAAUGCGGUGAUCCCUGCCUGUGCUGCAUGGACCAGAGCGUUGGCGGUUCUGGCCGAGAUGUUGGCUGCAUCGAUUGUACCCAAUGAGAUCAGCUACAGUUCAACCAUCAACUGCGACACCCCGUGGCCCUUGUCGCUGCAGCUCCUCAAGGAGAUGCUUCAGGAGCAGCUAGAGCCCUAUUUGCCAGCCUUUAAUGCGGCCAUCCACCGCUGUGGCGCACAGUGGCCAUGUGGUUUGGCAUUGCUACAACAGCUUCAGGAUGCGACGGUAGAGGCGGAUCUCGUCGGGUGGAAUGCAGCGAUCGGCGCCUGUGAAAAGGCAUCCGUCUGGGGAGCGGCGCUGGCGAUUCUACACAGGAUGCCGAAACCAGACACUGUGAGCUUUAACACCGCGAUGAGCGCCUGCGGGAAGGCCAAGCGUUGGGAAGAUGCCUUGGCACUCUUCUAUGCCAUGCCUGCAUCGGACACCGUGAGCCUCAACACCUUGAUGAGCGCCUUUGCACGUGGAGGUGAGUGGACAAAGGCACUGAUGCUGUUUGACCUCGCGCGUGGAAGACUCUCUUUGUCGGUCGAUGUCUACACCAUCACGUCAGUCAUCUCUGCUUGUGCCACAGCGAGUCAGUGGAGGGAGGCCUUGCAGCUCAUGAAGGAGAUGAUUCGACCCGCGAUCUCAGCUUACAACGCGGCCAUCAUGGCCUGCGACAAAGCUGGCCAGUGGGAGCAGGCCUUAGGCCUCUUUCGUGCCAUGCCCAGGCAGAGCAUCCGAUCUGACCACUUGAGUUGCCAUUCUGUGACUAGCGCUUGCGCAGAGGCCUCCCAGUGGCAAUUGGCCUUGUCUUUGGCCAAGUCCCGACCCUCCACAGUUGCAUGCUCCGCGGCCAUCACUGCAGCUACGAGGGGUGAGCAUCGGCCCAUUGCAUUGCAGCUCUUCGCUGAGAUGCCCGCGCUGCAGUUGCAGCGCGACGUCGUCUGCCACGGAGCGGCCCUUUGCGCUUGCCCAACUUGGCCAGAAGCCCUGGAGAUGCUGGAGCAGAUGACCAGCGAGGUCCUCCAGCCGAACGAGAUUUGCUUCAGCGCUGUCAUCGCACUGUGCGAUGCGUGGGAAGCUGCAUUGAAGCUGCUGGCAUUGGCGCGCGAAGCUGCCGUGCAAGCGAGUGAAGCAGGAUAUGGCGCAGCGAUUCGCAGCUGCGAAGCUUCUGGGCAGUGGGCGUGUGCUCUACAGCUUUUGCAGUCCAUGUCCUCCGAACGCUUGGACGCCACCAACAGCGCUGCCGCGGCCAUGGCGGUUUGCAGCAGUGCGGGUCGAUGGGAGGAGGUGCUGCUCUUGGCUGACAGCGAUCUCUUCCACUCCUUGAGCGCAGUGGACCGAAGCACUGUCAUGGGCACUGCCUUGAUGGAAUGUGAGAGGCACUCCGCCGCGUGGGCCGAGCGCGGCGUCCUGCGGCGCUUGGCCAUGGACCUCGCGCCCGGCGCGCGUGGGGCGGUGCGGUGUUCGGCCUGGCUGCGGCGGUUUGCCGCCGCCACGGUGAAGGGUGGGCUGCGAAAUGCAGCGCUGCUACGAGAGAUUGCUGACAGUGAGCCGAGUGUGCGGCCAUACCAUCAAGCUGCUGCCAUGCUGAAACACAUCCUUUGCAAGGUGGCACCCCUCGAUGUGGACGGCAUCCUCAUAGCACUCGAUGAGUUUGGACAGGAGAACCUGGGCUGGGCAAAGUUCGCCGGCGGCUUGAAGGGCGCCACCCUGCAGAGCGCGGUUUGUGGUGGAUUGCCAGCUGGUGGGCACCACGGUGUCUUCGAAAUCGGCACCUACUGGGGCACCUCUUCCCUCCGCUUGGCGCACGCGCUGCGCGCGGGCACCGGCACCUCUUCGCCGCGCGGAUUCGGCGCCACGGUGACCACGGUGGAACUGGAUCCGGUACACGUGGCCGUAGCACGGGUCUUGUUCGCCUUUGCCGGUGUGGACGUCCAAGUGUUGACAGGCCACAGCCGUGCCGUGCUCCCGCGCCUGGGCGCGCGCCGCUUCGCCGCGGUGCUCAUGGACCGUUGGGGCUCGGAGUAUGAAGAGGAUGUCGACCUUCUAGAACGUUUGCAGCUGCUGAAGGCUGGUAGCGUCCUGGUGGCCGACAACGUCCUGUCCACCGGAGCGGCGGGCUUUCUGUGGCGCACUGGGCGGGGUCAAGCGAACACAGCAAGUCGGUACACCUCGCAGAUCAUCCAAGUGGAAGAGGUGGUGGACAAGUCGGAGGACUGGAUCUCCGUCAGUGUCCUCACCGCGCCGCCGGACCCCUUUCCGCGGCGGCCGCUGCCGGAGGCCCUGGCGGAGCUGCAACGGCGCUCGAGCCACUUGCGAGGGCGAGUCGUUGGGACCAAUGGCCGGGAGGUGGCUGAGUUGGAAAUGCCACGCUUCAGCCGAGAGGCCCGAGCCCUGCUGCCACAGGCGUUGGAGCGCCCGACGGUGUCGGUGUGCAUCACGGGGCAAGACGUGCAACGUGGAACCUUUGCGCAUCGGCACUGCGUCAUCAAAGACCAAGCCACCGGGGAGGAUUGGUGCUUCCUUCAGAACUUGGACAUGGGCCCUCAGGAGACUUUUGGGGACGAAGUUCUGAGUGACGUAGUAGACGACCCGGUGGUGUCUCCGACGGUUUCUUCGACCAUGGCGAAAGCGGACGAAGAGAAGAUGCCCGAGCUGGAUCCCUUAGGGUCCGUGAAGUUCUUGCCCAUCAUUUUUCUGGGCCUCGCGCUCCCGCGCGCCAUUGCUGGGGCCAUUGCUGUGGCCAUUUGGAGGAAGUGGGACACCCAGCAGUAUGAACAGAAUAUCGCCAAUCUGGUGAAGGGCGAGCAUGGCUACUUGUACGCUGCGGCCGCUUUGUUUGGUUUGAUGGUCCAUUGGAUCAACCAAUUCCCAAUGAUCUACAAGCACAUGCUCAUGCGCAUGAACUCUGGGAACCUGAGGGCAAACAUGAUGAUCUACAAGCAGCUGGGUGCCAAAGAGGAUGCGCCUUACGUAGUUCUUGAGACUCAAGGCCCUGUGGGGUGCUACAACAGGGCUAACCGUUCACUCUUCCACUUUACUGAGAACAGCUUGGCCUUUGUCUUGUGCCUCCUUUUGGCGGGAGUCAUUUUCCCACUGCCCGCCUUAGCCUUGACCGCCUGCUUCUCCGUCGGACGAGUGGUCCAUCAGAUAGGUUAUGCGACUGCGGGUUAUGGAGGACAUGCUCUCGGCUUUCUUAUUGCCAUGCUUUCCGAUAUGACUCUCCAGAUGCUUUGUGUACUUGUGGCGAUCAAGUCGUUGGGCUACAGCGGUCAGGUCUCGCAGAUCCUGCGGGUGGAACUCUGA